UGUUAUGGGGGGUUUAGAGUGGGGAAAUUAUCUACGGAAGCUGUGUAAAACCUUUGAUUUUACCGAACUGGCACAACAUACAUGACUGAAUGACCCUCCUUCCGCCUUCCGCUCAAAGUGCUCUGGAAGUAGUUUCCUUCUUUCAUUUUCCAUCACUCGAAGAUGGCAACGCCCAACAAAGAUGAUGAAGACAACGGCGGCGAUGAACUAGACCCUUUGAAGCUUGUGGAGCUGAAGAGGCGAGCGGAGACAGAGAUAGAUUCCAAGCAAAAAUUGAUGGACGAGGGGAAGCACGUCGAGUCCGAGUCGAUGCCAACCAAAGACUCCAAGACUGCUCAUUGUCGUGUAUCCAAUACCGAGAGCAGAGGUGCGAACAAACUUGGAGCCGUGGAUAAGAAUUGUUUUCUGGAUCCUGAGGCCAAGGGGGUACCGGUAGUUGAGCCACAACCUGGAAACAUUGCCAUCUCAAAGGCCAAGCCAGCAGCGAAAAUCACUCUUUCCUUUCUUGGCACGAAAGGCAGCGUUGCUAUGGAGGAUGAUAAGGAGGAUGAACUGGAUCCCUUAAAGAUUGUGGAGUUGAAGAGGAGAGCCGAGUUGGAGCUGCAGGUUGAGCACAAUGAGUCGUCCCCAAAGAAAAAGGACACCAAGCAUUUGACACUGUCCAAGCAUCAUUCGGAUACAACAGGUACCAAGGCUGAACCAAAUAAUGAUGAACUGGACCCAUUGAAGAUUGUAGAGCUCCGUAGACAGGCGCAGACGCAGAUGGCAACCAGAGAAGACAUUUCCAUGCAACCAGGAGAAUACAAUAGUCAGGAGGCAAGACGAAAUGGCUGUUCCAAUGUAACAAUGGAAGUCAUGGCUGAGCAGCCAUCCGAUGAGCCAAACGGUGAGAAUGAUCCAAUUAUUCUCAAACUAGUGCAAUCCAGAGCCAGGCAGGCGCUCGAAGAAGAACAAGCAGCGCUACCAAGAAGAACACCCGACAGAACGACAACCAGCAACAAAGAAUCUGAGGACAGUUUGAGUGCACCCAGAUCCGGCAAGCAGCGGCAAAAACCCACAAUUGCGAGCAGCCAACCAGGUGCUUUUGCAGGUGCUCCUGGCGCUGGAUUGGAGCGGCUUGCAUCGCUGCGCUACUCGCAAUUGGAACGGCUCAAUGGAGAUCAAAUGCAGCAGAUGCUUGCCUUGGAGGAAUCAAAGCGGUCCAUGAUGAUGACUUCCAAAGCCUCCAUCCUGCAGGAUGCCCAAAUCACUCAGUCUGGCAGGAAUUUGGAUAAGAAGGCCGAAUCAAUAACCAGAGUGGACGAAACCACAGGCCUGUCUGUGGCCAGAGCAGUGAAUGAACCUAGCCAGCGCAAUCUACCCCAAGCCAGUUUUAUGGGCGAUUUGGAGCAAGUCAACGAAGAAACAGACGCCAAAGAAAGCGAACAGCAACAACGGGCACUGCAAUCGACGCUGUUAUGGGUGUGUGGAGGUCUGAUUCUAUUGGCAAUUGUCCUCGUGGUAGUCUUUGUCGUUGCGUUGAAGCCGAAUGAUGACACUCCAAUCCAGAGCACCAGCAGGGGCGUCAAUAUCAUGGGCGACCAAUUGAUGGUUCCAUCUGCAGCACCCAGUGUCUCGCUGGGCUCCUAUGUGGCUGCCCUCUUGCCAGAUCAUUCCUUGGAUGCAAUGGGAGACAAAGGCUCGCCCCAAUUCGAGGCAUUUCAGUGGCUUCUGGAUGAUGCGAAUCUAACAGUUGCGGGGGAUGGAGAAUCAGUGCUGUCGUACCCAGAUUGGCGGAUUCAACAACGCUUUGCCCUGGCCACGUUCUACUUUGCAACCAAAGGGGACCGUUGGAUGAAAAAUGACAACUGGCUGUCGCCUCUCCACGAGUGUCAAUGGUUCGCAAGACCGGAACGUCCGUGUGUCUGCAAAACAGGUGGAGACAUUGAGGAUUACAUUGCCAACUCCACCGGGCCUUGUGGAGAUGUCACAAAUACGGAACGCUACACAGCUCUGCGGCUCAGUGGCAAUGGUCUGAAAGGAACCUUACCCAAGGAAGUGUACUUAUUGACUUCACUUUCCACGCUUCAAUUAUUGCACAACAAGCUGGAGGGCACACUUGCUUCAGACAUUGGAUGGCUGAAAAAUUUGUCAAGAGUUGACUUGAGCAAAAACACACUGUCGGGGAGUAUUCCAUCAGAGGUGUUCUCUCCAAUCAUGCGUGACUUUUCCGUAUUUGGAAACAACAUAGCUGGCACCAUCCCAACAGAAAUAGGGCUUGCUACCAACUUGAAGAAUUUCUUCGUGGAGGAAGCAAUUCUGACUGGAAACCUCCCAUCCGAAAUUGGAAUGGCAAAAAGCUUGGUUACUGUCUAUUUAGAUGCAAACCAAAUUUCUGGCAGCCUCCCAACCGAAUUGGGUCUACUGGAUCAACUGGAAGUUGUCUAUUUGCAGAAGAACAUGUUAACAUCGGCAAUCCCCUCGGAAAUAGGCCGCCUUCCAAACUUGUUGUCCCUCCGUCUCAGAAGCAACAUGCUAUCAUCAUCCAUUCCAUCAGAGCUUGCUAUGUGUACACAAUUAACGCACAUCUUAUUGCAGAAGAACAUGCUGACAUCGGCGAUCCCCUCCGAACUAGGUCAGCUUCCAAACUUGUAUGACCUCCAUCUCAGCUCCAACAUGCUAUCAUCAUCCAUCCCAUCAGAGCUUGCUAUGGCUACACAGUUAUGGCAUGUCUACGUUAAUGCCAAUCAAUUGACUUCCACACUCCCAACCGAGCUUGGCCAACUCAACCCUGAUCCUCAAUAUGUUGGCUUUAAGAUGCUGUUUGGAUCCAAUCAAAUCACUGGUCCCAUCCCCUCCGAGUUUGGCAAUCUUUCCAACUUGAUUGGGCUGCAGUUGUCACAGAAUUUUCUGACAUCCACAAUCCCUACUGAGCUUGGCGGAUUGUCCAAGCUGUCCUAUCUGUACCUGCAACAUACAGAUGUUACAGGCCCCAUUCCAUCCGAGUUUGGUCAACUCUCUGCUCUGGAGAGUCUGGGUCUUCAUAACAACAGUUUGUCAGGGUUGAUACCUGAUACUUUGGAACAGUUGGCAACCAACAUGACAGAUGUAGAUUUCAGUAACAACCCUGGUCUUGAGGGUUUGAUUCCAGAAGGAUUGUGCUUUUUGAACACAAGUUUGGUGUUUGACUGCUCUGCUAGUCUUUGUGGCUGUUGGUGGUGCGACUGCGAUGAAGCAAUCGGAAUGAAUUACACUACCUGAGAAAGCGUUUUCUAAACUAAUCUGUCAGGCCUGCUGGCCCCUUUUUAAUAAAAGCAUUGCCUUCUCCAGUCUGGGAUC